UUCUCUGCCAUUGGCUCCCUCCGCGAGUUGAGGCUGCACAGAAAGCUCUGUAAUUAGGACCCCUGGCGGACACAGAAGAGGAGCCCGUUUCCUGGGCGAGGAGCCGCUGCGAGGAAAAGACGCAGCAAAGAAAAAGGAGCGGGAGGGAGGGAGAGAGGGAGGGGGAGUCCGGACACCCCUCGUUUGUUUCCCUGGUUUCGUUUCGCUCCCCGGCAUUAAAAGUUCCCACCGCGGGCUGAGCCGGGAGGACUCCUGUUGCCAAGGCAGGUGGAGCGCGCGGGGAAAGAGCUCUUCGCCGCCUCCGCCCCAGAAGCGGAGCCGAAGCGAAAAGGCAGCGUCGAGGGCGCGACGCGCGGGCGACUGGCUCCUGCCGCUGCGUCCGCCUCUUGCGUUCCAUCAGGAAGGAGCCGAGCCCGGGGGGGAAUCCAGGGCGGCAGCAGGUAAUGAAAGUGUCCGGGGUGGCUUUCCGCUGAGGCCGGCGGUUUCCUGAGGGGGCCACUCUCGGCGCCCCCUCCCGGGAAGCUUGGGGGCUGUGCGGAGGGGGAAGCAGCGGGCUGGGCUGCUGGUUUCCUGGUAAAGGAAAGGGACGUGAGACGCCGCCUGUGUCCCGAAAGCUUGUUAGUCUUUCUUAGCUGGAGGAGCACCUGCUCUCCUGGCAGAAGGGGCCUGGGGUGUUGGGUCAAUCCCCGGCGUCACCAGGUAGGCCUGGGGGAGACACCCCCGUUGAUACCCUGGAGAACAGCUGCCGGUCAGUGUAGGCAGUACUGAGCUAGAGGGAGCCGUGGUUUGAGGCUGGGUAUGAAGUGGUUCAAUCCGGCUGUGCAGCUUUACCAAAGUGCCGAAACAAGGGGGUAAUAAGGCUCUGUUAAAAUCAGUGCAAUUGUUGGACAGGCUCUGGAUUGCACCAGCAUCCUGGAGGUCUUGUGUCUGGAGAGAGAGAUAGUCUGGGAUAAGGGAUAAUCCUUUUAAAAUACAGUAAGGGACAUCUGCUGAUGUUUCUUUUUUCCCAGAGUGUUGUUGCAAGCAUCAAACUAUUUAAAGCUGCAACCUUUACAUGGGAGUAAGAGCUCCCUCGGAGCUCAAUGGAAUUUCGAGCCUGCGCUUCCGUUCUGCUGAUGUCUCAACCAAGCCCUACUUGGUCCCAGAGAGAGAAAGCUCCAUGCGGUGGAACACUGGCAUACCUUCUACCUGCUUCAUCUUCAGACAGUGAUUCUGGCUGCGCCCUGGAAGAUUACUCGGGGCCUAUCACAGAAAUUCCCCCAGCAGAGGUGUCACCAAACUUUGACUCUCACUUAUCAGAUGCAGUCCCUGCUGCCACCCAGAACCAGCUCCGCAUCAAAACUCUCCUUCAGCAGCUGCCCCCGCAAGACUGCGAUGCAAGAUAUUGCCCAUCCAUUGGUGAGGAGGAAAGGGAGCGGCUACAGACAUUUGCUGCACAGCGACGGCAGGAAUCCCUGGGACAGGGAGUCACAUGCCUGGUGCCCCCCACAACUCAUGGAUGCUUUUGUAAAAAGUGUGGUAAGAGGUUGAUCAGAGGUGAAAAGGGUGUGUAUGCACCUAAGCUGGGAAACCAGAGCUACUGGCAUCCUGCCUGUUUUGUCUGUCACACAUGCCACCAGCCCCUAGUAGAUCUCAUCUACUUCCAGCGAGAUGGGAAGAUCUAUUGUGGCCGGCACCACGCAGAAUUCUUCCGCCCACGCUGUGCUUCAUGUGAUCAACUGAUCUUCACCUCGGAGUGCAUGGAGGCAGAAGGCAUGCGCUGGCAUGAAGAGCACUUUUGCUGCCUGGAGUGUGACUUGCCCCUGGGGGCACGGCGCUAUGUCAUGAAGGGUGGCCAGCCCUGCUGCUGUGCUUGCUUUGAGAGUCUGUACGCAGAUGUCUGCCAAGCCUGUGGAGAGAUCAUUGGUGUCGACAGUGAGCAAGCCACCCUCCAAGGCCAGCACUGGCAUGCCAAAUCCUGCUGCUUCUGCUGCAGCAUUUGCAAAAAAGCACUGCAAGGCCAGCUGGUCACUAUUCACAAUGGGCUUCUCUUCUGCUCUGAGGCCUGCAGCUUAGAGAAGGAAUCGGCCUUGUCUUCCACUGGCUCAGAUUCCUCAGACUCCGCUUUCACCUCUGUUCCAUCCCCUGACUCAACACCCAUCUCUAGAAUUAGAUACAGCAGCCCAGGCUGCUCCUCUGCAGCUGCAAGAACCAACCCUAAUGCCUGCGAGGAAACAGCAGAUUCAGAUGCAAUGGAAAUGCUUCACACAUCUGGGGAUUCGCUGUGUCCCGAGUUCAGGAGCCAGGAAGAACCAAGGACUAUUUUCCAAAACAGAACAGACUCCCAGCAGUUUGAUAAAUCUGAACUUCUGGCUGAUUCUCCUCAAGCCGAGCGGGGAACCUCUGGCCCCUCCUCUAGGCUAGAGGUAGUUCACAGCACUGUCAGUUUGAUGGAGAAACAACUGCUAGGGUCCACUUUCCCACUAACACCUCAGCAGCAAGCUGGAGAUGAUCACUCUAGGGGCAGCGUCUCCGAAGUGUGGAUGAGGGACUUCUUGCAAAUGCCACCCGAGGGCAGCACGGGCAAGCAUGAAGCUGUGGUGGAACAAGAUGACGCUUGGUGCCCUACUUGCUCAUCCUCUUCAGAUUCUGACUCUGAGCCAGAUGGCUUCUUUUUCGGAAAGCCCAUCCCAAAGCCUGGGGCCAGACGCAUUGUCCUACCCGAUAUGGAGCAAGAGACACUUGGCAAAGGGAUAGGGUGGGCGGCCAGAGCACGUGCAAGCAACAAACACUGCAGUAUAUGUUAGUUUGGGCUGGUGGGGAGGAGGGAGAAGAGAAAGAAAAAGUAGUUCUCAAAUACCCGAAAAGUGUUGGGGCAGGGGGGAGAGGUGGAAAUAGUGUCACAAGCAGACAUCUUAUGUAGCAAUGUGGUUGAUGGGUGCGUGUGCUGAAAAGUGAAAAAUCAUCCUCCCACAAGUGCAAAGCUGAGGAAGAACUGCAAAUAAGCAGACCUGAGUGAGAAGCAAGACUCUCACAUAUACAGAGGUUUGCACUGCCAGUUUGGUCACAUUGUGCAUUUUCAGAGGCUUUAGAACUGGCAUUUUCCUCCUCAAAGGCCUGCAGCUCCCCCUUCCCCCUUUUCUCUAGUUACACAGGGAAGAAACAUGUAAAGAUUAGUAUAAUUCAGCAGAGCCCUGUGGGCAGGACACUCUCAGCUUCUAAACUCUCUACUACAGCAUGAAUACAUAAAGAAGCUCACUGGCCAGCAUGUGAAACAAGGCUGUACCCCUUUGCACACAUUUUGCACAAGUUCCAAGAUCCUUCUUGCUCCCUACCAGCUUAUCCUUCUGUAUUUUCAGAAGGUGCAGCGGGAAGAAUAAAUAGGUUAACCCUGCCUUAAUCAUUGAAUGCUUGACUUGGCAACUGUAAGCAGGAUGCUAAAAAAGAAUUAUACAAUUUUCUCUAUAGUUGUCUGAACAGUGAUAGUUCAGGGAAGACACACACAGCAAAUAAAGGCAGCUCCGAGAUAUUUGUUGUCUCCAUCAGUCAUUUUUAUUUAAAAAGAUGUUUUUAAGUUCUCAGGAAACAAAUGUAAAAACCAUUUCACAAGAUAUUUGUUGUGGGUAGGGGGCUGCUAAAGCUUCUGCACUGGCAGGAAUCCUCCAUUUUUUUUCUUUGCCUAUAAUAGCAGGAGAGCCAUAGUUAAAGAGAGAUCUAAAAAUGCAAAAUUAGCCACCCUAUUUGGAAAUCUUGAUGCAAGAUUAAAGGGAAAACUCUUCCAAUAGCUAACCCUAACAGGGUAGUAUGCCAAAACCAACUUACCACUCCCAUUCUAACUACACCAGCAAUGAGUUUCUGACACCUUCAGAAGCCCCUAGGGUAGGUUAACACUUCUCAAAACAAUC